GCAUGUGGCGUGUGUGUGAGCUGGUGAGAGGAAGUGGCCGAAUUGGAAUUUUGUUAUUAAAUUAUUUGCAUUAUGAAGGUGAAGGUUUUGUGCAGAAACCCCGAUGAUUAUGUGCGGGAGACAAAAAUGGAUCUGCCGAGGGUUCCUCGCAACUAUGAUCCGUCGCUGCACCCGUUCGAAGUUCCCCGGGAGUACACCAGAGCCCUGAACGCCACCAAACUGGAGCGCGUGUUUGCGAAGCCUUUUGUUGCUUCCCUGGAUGGUCACAGAGAUGGGAUCAACUGUCUGGCAAAGCACCCCCGGAGCCUGUCCACCCUGCUGUCCGGAGCGUGCGACGGAGAGGUAAGGAUUUGGAAUCUGGUGAAGCGGGAAUGCAGUCGGGCGAUCCAAGCGCACGAAGGCUUCGUUCGGGGGCUUUGCGUUCGUUUCUGCGGGGGCUCGUUCUUCACGGUAGGUGAUGACAAGACGGUGAAGCAGUGGAAGAUGGAAAGCCCAGGAUACGGAGAGAAAGAGGAGCCCAUACACACCAUUUUGGGAAAGACUGUGUUCACAGGUAUCGACCAUCACUGGAAUGAAGCAGUUUUUGCCACAUGUGGGCAGCAAGUGGACAUCUGGGAUGAACAGAGAUCUAGUCCCAUGCGAUCAUUCUCAUGGGGGGUCGAUAGCAUUUCAAGCGUCAAAUUUAAUCCCAUUGAGAGAAACGUUUUAGGAAGCUGUGCCUCUGACAGAAAUAUAGUCCUGUAUGACAUGCGGCAGGCCACGCCGUUGAAAAAGGUCAUUCUAGAAAUGAGAACAAACACAAUCUCUUGGAACCCGAUGGAAGCGUUUAUAUUCACAGCAGCCAAUGAGAACUUCAACUUGUACACGUAUGACAUGCGCAAGCUAGAGUCCCCGCUGAAGGUGCACAUGGACCACGUGUCGGCCGUCCUGGAUGUGGAUUACUCCCCCACCGGAAAGGAGUUUGUGUCGGCCAGCUUUGAUAAAACUAUCCGCAUUUUCCCUGUGGAACACGGGCACAGCAGAGAGGUUUAUCACACUAAGAGGAUGCAGCACGUCACCUGCGUCAGGUGGUCUUCAGACAACAAGUAUAUUCUGUCUGGCUCAGAUGAAAUGAAUAUCCGUUUAUGGAAGGCAAAUGCUUCUGAAAAACUUGGCUUGUUAUCCCCGAGAGAACGUGCUGCACUGAGCUAUAACCAGAAACUGAAGGAAAAAUUCCAGCACCAUCCGCAGGUCAAGCGAAUAUCACGACACCGGCACCUCCCGAAAUCCAUCUUCUGCCAAAUAAAGGAACAGCGCAUCAUGAGGGAAGCUCGCCGCAAGAAGGAUGUGAACCGCCGCAAACACAGCAAAGAGGGCACCGUGCCAGUAACCACAGAGAAGAAAAAACAUGUUGUGGCAGUAGUAGAAUAACAAGCUGCGCAAACGGAUCACCUCCUGGCUUCAAAAAAUGGUGUUGGUUUUUUUGUGUACCUUGAGUGGGUUGUCUGAGGGUGAUUGGAGUUGAAGGGGACGCAGUUGUCCCUUGGACUGUAUGAUGUACGAAGAUAAUCUUUUACUGGACGCUAGAACUUUAAUAAAUGUAUUAGAAAGCCCAGAAUCAGUUUCUUGUGUUCAGGCCUAUUUUUUUUUUUUUAUUUUAAACAAAACAUCACUUUUUACACAGAAAUAUAGGGCCAGCCUUUAAAACUCCACCAGGCUAUGGUGGAUAUCCCGGAAAAAUGGAUAUCUUAGUGAAAAAUAAUGUUUUUAUUUUGUGAAUAUAAAUAAAUGUUGUAAACCUCAUCUAUCGUAUGGUUAUAAGCAGUUGCUUAAAGGUUAAUUAUUCAGUUUUAAAUAAAUACCUGCUUAUACACAUGCCACACAAUUGUGUCCUGUUAAUGGUUUUAAUAAAUGUAUUUUACAUA